AUGUCUUAUGACUUGGACGCCGCUGAGAAGGCCGCAUACGCUCCAUUCUUCGGAUACAUUGGAGCUGCUUCUGCCCAGAUCUUCACUGUGUUUGGAGCUGCUUAUGGAACCGCUAAAUCUGCGGUGGGCAUUUGCUCGAUGGGAGUGAUGAGACCCGAAUUGAUCAUGAAAUCAGUCAUCCCCGUCAUUAUGGCUGGUAUCAUCGGUAUUUACGGGUUGGUGGUGGCCAUGGUUCUCAAGGGAAAAGUGGUCCCCGCUUCUCAAGGAUACACUCUUGCACAAGGCUUUGCUCAUUUGGCUGCUGGUUUGACUUGUGGAUUGUGUGGAUUGGGAGCUGGCUAUGCUAUUGGAAUUGUUGGAGAUGCUGGUGUCAGAGGCACAGCACAACAACCACGUCUUUUUGUUGGAAUGAUCUUGAUUCUCAUUUUCUCUGAGGUGAGUUUGGUCAAUUUAAAGGUUUCUCUUUCGGUUCCGGGUCUAAAUAAUACUUCAACUUACAGGUCUUGGGACUGUAUGGCAUGAUUGUCGCUCUUAUUCUGGGUACCGCCUAA